AUGACCGUUGAGAAUGCCGAGGUCGCUCAGAACGAGCAGACGCCCUUGCUGUCUACAUCGGCAUCAUCGACUACUCUUGCUGACAAUGCUGCAAAUGAAGAGGACAAGAAGCUGCCUAUGGGACAGAUCCUCCUGCUCUGCUGUGCCUCCCUUGCUGAAGGUGUUGCAUUCGCCUACAUCUUCCCCUCCAUCAACCAGAUGAUUGUGGAGCGCGCUGGGAUUGCAGACACAGACGAGAGCUUGUACUCCUGCACCCAGACGAUCGUCGCGACCUUCUGGGGAAAGAUAUCGGAUCGAUACGGCCGGCGUCCUGUUAUGAUCACCUGCGCUGCAGGAAUUUGUGCAGCCACCUCCCUCUUCGGCACUUCUAGCAACCUGUGGCAGAUGAUCCUUUAUCGCGCAAUGACAGGCAUUUUCGGCGGCUCGUUCGUAACGAUCCGCACGAUGAUCUCGGAGAACAGCACUUCUCGUACGCAGGCGCACGCGUUCAGCUACGCCCAGUUCGCCGGCAACAUCGGCCUCUCAAUCGGCUCUAUGUUUGGUGGCGGUCUGGCUAAGCCUGCAGAGCAGUUCCCCUGGUUGUUCGGCAACAGCACGCUGCUGAUCCAGUAUCCGUAUCUGCUUCCCUGUAUUGUGUGCGGUGCCCUACCGGGGACCUCGGCGCUGCUCUCGUUUUUCUUCCUCAAAGAGACAAAGCCAGCUGCUAAAGAAGGCGCUAAACCGGAAGAACCUCUUUCGGUGAAGGAGAUCCUCAAAAAUCCAGGUGUCCUCAUCACGCUCGCUAUCUUCCAGAUGGGCUGGUUCAUCGGUAAUGCCUACACCGUUGUCCCCCCUGUCUUCUUAUACACUCGCAUAGAGCUAGGCGGCGUCGGAUUCAAUCCCGGGAUGAUCUCCUUCUGGAUGGUCGUCACCGGCCUCACCCAAGCCGCAUGGAUGCUCAUCGUCUUCGCACCUCUGCAACAUCGUCUCGGAACAGGGGACUUGAUGCGGUACUGCGGUUGGAUGCGGAUGUUUGUACUCACAAGGCUCGUAAUGCUGAGCGUGCUCUUGAGGCAUGGCAAUGUUGCAGGCUUCUGGGCACUCGCGGCGUUCUGUGUUGUGGGCACGACAGCGGUUACAAUGAUCUACAUGCUUAACGUGUUACAGCUGGGGUACAACCUAGCGCUUAACGACAUUUGCCCAUCACCUCUCGCUCUUGGCACACUUAACGGCGUGGCUCUGAGCAUCACGUUCGGCCUGCGCGCCGUUGUCCCGGCCGCAUUUGGCAGCAUAUUCGCUUUUGGCGUCAAGUACCAGAUUCUGUGGGGUUAUCUGGCCUGGGCGGUACUGCUCGCCCUUAGCGUCGUGUUCAUCGUGAUGAUGAGGUACCUGCCGGAGAAAGCAGAGGGGAGGAGACAUCAAGCGAAUGCCUUUGGGGAGUAG